UCCGCCCAGCUCUCAGCACAGACCUCAUGCCUACUGAGCAGAGGGGGUCUGUGACCUUCUGCCCUGGGGGCUUUCCUGGCUGGGGCACUCUCUUGCUGGAGGACCCCUCUGGAAGAUGGUGAGGGUGGGGGGGGGGCUCUGUUCCCAUCCCCCCGCUCCUGGAAGGAAAGCUUUACGGACGAGAACUGUGGUCCCUGACGCUUCCCCAGCGCCUCGCAGGCUCUGGGAGCCUGAACGCAUUCGGAAGAGACUCUCCCUAUCGCCCUUCUCUGCUCCCCACCCACACCUGCUUCCCUUCCCGCGCCGAGCACUAAGCGUGUGCCACGUGCGGGCGCCACGCCCCUCAAGCCCCGGAGGAGGACGGUCCCCGCGGCCGGGUCCCCGAUACCCAGGAUUGAGGCUCAGACGCGCCCAGAGCCUCUCGCAGUCUCGUCGGCGCUGCAGCCGGGUCCCCGCGGAGCUGGGGGGCUCCUGGCGUCGGAAGGGCUCCAGCAGGGGUGAAGGAGACCAGACACCUCCCCGCUGCUGGCUCCAGCCCUUCCCCGCGUGGCCCCGCCCCCGCCCUCGCCCCCUGCGCAGGCCCGGCCCCUGCGGAGCCCAGAGACGCGGGGACACAGGCUCGAGGCGUCUGCCGCACCUCAGCCCACGACCUGCCCCGCUGGGAGCUGCGGGCGGCUGGCCAGGCCCUGACCGCAACCUAGCCCAGAGGCCCCAGCCCUCAGGCAAGAUUCUCCGGUGAAGUCACAGCCUCGCCACC